UGUUUGAUCUUGUGGUAAAUAGUUUCCAAUUCAUUCUGUACUAUUAUUCAUUGGUAAUGGACGUAAAUACAUUUUUAAUGUUUUGAAAAAAGCAAAAAAAAAAACUUUUUAAAGUGCUAGUUCCUAGUUCACAAGUGCAACUAAAGUGCAGUGCAGCUUUGAAAACCAAAAACGAAUUGAAAUGGGUAUGAAAUCAGUGGAAAUAUCAUUAAAUCUUCAACAUCGUCCAAAUUCCGGUGUUUCGUUAACGUGGAAAGAUGUAUCGGUUUGGGCAACCAAGAAAAAAGCAUCAAGUUUUUUCUCAUUUGGAACGGCUCAACAAUUCGAACAUGUGCGAAUUUUGAAUAGAGUGAAUGGAUAUGUUAAAUCAGGGUCACUUAUGGCAAUUAUGGGAGCCAGUGGUGCUGGGAAAACGACGUUAAUGGCUACUAUUAGCCAAAGAGUAAAAGCAAAUGAAAUGCAUGGAGAUAUUUUGGUAAACGGUAAAAAUAUUGAUCAAGACAUGAUGCGUCGAUUAUCUGGAUUUGUCCCUCAGGAAGAAUUAGUUACUAAAGCACUCACGGUUAACGAACAUAUGCAAUUUAUGGCAUAUUUAAUGAUGGAUUCUCGGGUGAGUAAGUCCCAACGAAAUCGUCGUAUUACAUCUCUACUCUCCGAUUUAGGUUUGACAAAGUGUACAUACACUUAUUUAAGUGCACUUAGUGGUGGUGAACUAAAACGAGUCUCAUUGGCUGUCCAACUAUUGACUGACCCUCCACUAUUAUUCUGCGACGAACCAUCCACCGGACUUGACAGUUACAAUGCCAGUAUUGUUAUUGAAAAGCUACGAAAUUUUGCAUCACGUGGUAAAGCUGUUAUAUGUACAAUUCACCAGCCUGCAUCGGGUAUAUUUGAAUUGUUCCACGAAGUCCUGCUUUUGGCUGGUGGUCGAGUCGCAUUCCAUGGUAGUGUACCAGAUGCGGCCAAACAUUUUACCGAUUUAGGUUUACAAUGUCCGAUUGGUUAUAAUCAAGCGGAAUUUUAUGUGUCGGAAUUGGCGGUGAUUUCCGACCGAGAGGAAGAAUGCCACAAGAAAAUACAAGAUUUAUGUGAUAAAUUUGAACGUUCCAAAUAUGGGGAGGUGCUUCGACAAUAUGUAUGCGAUGGGGCUGAAGAUAUUUUACCAAAUUGUACGCCAAUUAAUGCAAACGAUGAAGAAGUUAUCAAUGGGGACAAAGAAUUUCAAAAAUAUAUGAACAUAAAGAAGGUCAAUUAUUUUACACAAUUUUAUUGGCUAAUGUGGCGUGAUUCGACAGCAAUUAAACGUUCAAAACGACAAACUUUAAUACGAUUUUUAUUAUAUAUGUUUAUUGCUCUUCUGUUGGCCACACCGUAUGCCAGUAUUACUGAUGGUAUUGGCCAGAAAAAUAUCCAAAAUAUUGAAGGUCUCUUAUAUUUAAUUAUUACCGAAACGAUAUUUACGUUCUCAUAUUCGGUGUUACAUACAUUUCCAUCGGAAUUACCGCAAAUGUUACGAGAAGUUGGUAAUGGAUUGUACAAACCGGCUCCAUUUUAUCUUUGCAAAAUGUUUUUAGCUAUUCCUGGUGCGAUUUGUAUGCCAUUCGUGUACACAACGGUUAUUUUCUGGUUUGUUGGAUUAAAUGGUGGAUUCUUCGGUUACCUAUUAUUUUGUAUACCAGUUAUUGUAAGUGCAAUCGCAUCCACAGCCUACGGUUUUGUAAUGUCAGCAUCAUUUGAAUCGGUCGAAACAGCAUCUUUAGUUUCUGUUCCCGUUGAUUUCUUGAAUAUUGUUUUCGCUGGAAUUUAUUUAAAUUUAUCGAAUUUACCAUUAUAUAUCGAUUGGUUACGAUACACAUCACCUUUUUAUUAUGGAACUGAGGCCGUUUCAAUUUUACAAUGGACAAACGUUCCGGAUAUCAAAUGUGACAAUGAUCCAGGUUUACCAUGCAUCAACAGCGGUCUUCAAGUACUCGAUCGUUAUGGUUUCGAUCCAAAUGAUUUUUAUUUAGAUUUGUUUGGACUAUCAAUGUAUUUCAUUAUUUUACAUUUGAUUGCAUAUUGUAACUUUUGGAGACGUAGCCAAAAACAAUCAAUUUAUUAACACAUUAGUUCAGUUCCCAUUACUAAUAUAUUUUCAUUAUUCAACCCUACCCAUGUGAGAAUUCAUAAGGUAAUGGAUUUUAGUCCAAAUUUCUACCGUCCAUGUUUGGAUCAUAACCCCUCAUGGUUCAAAACGAUUUACGAUGUUUAGGUUUCUUCAUUUUAAAGAAUUCAAGAAAGGAAAAGUUUACUUUUUCGGGGUAACCAUUUUUUUAGGUCUCUGAAUCGAAUAAAAGUAACCCAAGAAAUAUAGUCUAGUGAAUAAGAAGCUUAAUGGUUUUUUGGAUACUUUUCUCAACCUUUUCUUGUUAAUAUU